UGCAAAAUGCACAGAAUACUGUCUGAUUGUUGCUGCUGUACUUCGAAGCAUACGGAAUGAUGAAGCGGCAAUAUUAACGAUUUUUAACCCCUUGUUUUGUUCAGUAAAAGCCACACAGUCACAAUGGUGUCGUUUGAGUUUCUAGACGAAGUUAGGCGCAUGAAUAAACGUCAGCUAUUCUACCAGGUGCUUAAUUUUGGAAUGAUUGUGUCGUCAGCGUUGAUGAUAUGGAAAGGUCUGAUGGUAGUUACAGGCAGUGAAAGUCCUAUUGUUGUAGUAUUAAGCGGAAGCAUGGAGCCAGCAUUCCACAGAGGCGAUCUCCUAUUCCUCACCAAUUAUCAAGAAGACCCAAUCCGAGUCGGUGAAAUCGUCGUCUUUAAGAUUGAGGGGCGAGACAUUCCCAUUGUCCACAGGGUGCUCAAGCUUCAUGAACAGGAAAGUGGAGACAUGAAAUUUCUGACGAAAGGCGAUAACAACAUGGUGGAUGACAGGGGGCUUUACGCGCCGGGACAACUCUGGCUUCAAAGAAAAGAUGUGAUAGGACGAGCCCGUGGCUUUGUACCCUUCGUAGGCAUAGUUACAAUUCUUAUGAAUGACUACCCUAAAUUUAAGUAUAUUGUUCUAGCUGGACUUGGUUUGUUUGUGUUGAUCCAUCGAGAAUGACAGCGGCCCUAAGCUAGUAACAUUCCCCCCCCCCUCCCCAUCUGUCAAGAAUUUUUGCCAGCCUUGCAUUUUCUUAUCUUUUUUUCUUUUCUUCAUUCCCUUCAAACUGUUUAGUGUGCUUACAACAUGUAUAAAUGGAAACAAAGUCGUGUCUGUAUUGGAUAUAAAAAUAAAUAUGUUAGUUUGCCACGGAUUUCUGAGCCCGACUUCAUAGAGCUGCCCAAUCAGGAAAUUUUGCCUAACAGAUUCCUGCUAAGCAAAAAAUAAGCAGGGAACCAGUCACAAGCAGUACACAUAGCAUAGGAUUUUUGCUGGUAACAUUUUCCUUUCCGGUGAGCAAACUUUUCGAUGUUUACUUUAUUUUUCUGGUAGCUGUGUGUACUAGCACUCUAUGAAAUUGGGCUCAGGUAGUGUAACUAAGAGAAGGUCACAGUGUGGUUGGUUGAGUUAUCAAAUGAUUUGUGGCUAGUAUCAGGUUUGGUUAGUAGUAUCUUGCCCUGCUUUUGGACUGGACAGGACAAUCUUAUAGGGUGUCAUGGCCAAGUGGUUAAGGGCAUCGAAUUCAAGUUCUAGGCCCAAUUUCACUGCUCUGCUUCUACGCUUAUAAGGCUAGCGCAGAAAUUCGGCGCUUGCACGUCAGCGGGGAAUCGUGAUCGUAAGCACAAAAUUCGGCGGUAAGCAGAGUCAUGAAAUUGGGCCCUGGUGGCUAAGUCAUCAGGGUGAGGGUUUGAAUCCAAGCCAUGACUUUUGUGUCCUUGAGCAAGACACUUAACUGUAAAUGCUUCUCUUCACCCAGGGGUAAAUGGGUACCUGUGUGGGCAG